GUUGUUCCAUAUAUUGAAUCUUCUCACGACCUGCACUUGGACCUCGAAGCAGAGCAACGUGCGAACCCAAGGUGCUACAAGUCCCACACAUGGUAUGAUCACUGCCCGAAAGGAGGAAAAUACAUUGCGAUUUUCAGGGAACCGCGCGCUGUGACCUACAGUUUGUUCACGUUCAUGAAGGGUUGGUUCUUUCAGCCGGGCAAAAUUUCUUUGGACGAAUUUGUCUUGAAUUUUUAUUUGGCGCACGGCAAACCAAGAGACGAAAUGGAACACGCCUCGUAUUUCGAGCAUUUUAUCAGUUGGUGGAAACACAGGAACGACCCAAACGUGCUGUUCUUGUUCUAUGAGGAAAUGAAAGAAGACCUGGAAACAGCUGUCAUGGCCAUCGCUUUGUUUAUGGGAAUACACGACGAGGAAAGAAUUCGAAAUGCGAUCAGGAUGAGCACGUUCGAGUUUAUGAAGGCAAAUGAAAACAAAUUCGACGAUAACCUCCUUGCUUUUUAUCGUAACAAGGAGAUUGGUAUCCCAGAAGGAGUCACUAGCACAAAAGUCGCUACAGGAUCAGUGGAUAAAGCUCUAAAAUUCCUAUCUGAAGACAUCCAGGAAGCCAUUCAAAAGCAAUUCCAAGAAAUAGUAACCAAAGAAACCGGGUACGAAACCUACAACGAUUUAAGGAUUGCUUUUAGGAAAGAGAAACCAUUGCUGACAUAGAGAAUUCAAGUUUUCGGUAGUUUAUUGUAAUCUUUGUAAUCUUUUUAACAUUUAAUUGCAUAAAUUAAGACUAGGUCGAUGUGGCGUCGUAAUCAGUUAUCGACGAUGUACUGCGAUCCACUCUCGGUGAUCAAUGAAGUGGAAAAAAGUAGGUAACCCCCUCCCGCAUAUAGCGAGGAAAUCACGCACCGCGUGGACCCCACGCGGGACGUCGGAAACUGUCGGACUUUCCCGAAGAUAUGCGUGGUCUCCACGCAGCGUGGACUUUCUGUCGGACUCCCCCGAAGAUAUGCGUGGUCUCCACGCAGCGUGGGAGUGAGACGUUAUUAAACCGUAAUUAAGUACACAGUAAGGAUUUGCGAGGAAAAUAUUUUAUUUGUCAGGUUACACAUUUAGUACGUAUGUCAAAAUGAAUACUUUACCAUUAGAACUGUUUAUUUUAAAGUUCGUUUCCUAUGUAUGCUGUGCGAUGCUUCCCACCGUUAGUUCAUACU